AUGCGUGCCACGCUCGCCCUCGUCCUCCCGCUGCUGCUCGGGAGCUCAGUGUGCCAGCAUGCCGUUGGAUCAGGGCUAAAUGUGACGGAACAUGAGCAAAGAAGCAUGCCUGUCUUGAGGACUCUGGAUGCACCUGCUGCAAUUGAGAUAUUUUCAUCAGGAGUUGAUUAUGAAGAGGCCGGGGAGAAAGAUGUGAAGGAGGUGAUGGCACCGCAGUUCCUUGUGGGUGAUCCAGGUAGAGGUGAAUUACAAUUUAAGAAACCAGCAAGAUCGGAGAAUGGAAAAAAGAACCCUAACAAACACAAAAGAAGGGGCAAUAAGGAGAAGAAAAAUAAAAAGAAGAAAGCUCCAUGUGAAGGAAAGUUUAGAAACUUCUGUGUUCAUGGUGAAUGCAAAUAUAUCGAAGAUCUCGACAUACCCACAUGCACAUGCCAUCAAAAUUACUUUGGUGAACGUUGUGCUGAACAGUUCUUGAAGACACACAGGAACAACGAUUCAGCAAAUCAGUCAACAACAGUACUCAUGGUGUACUCAACCACAGUAAAUGUGGUGGUGGCGGUUGUACUCUCAUUCUUCAGUUUCGUCGUCAUUGUAAUCAUUAUCAUAGUGCAAAUAAGAAAAAAGUUUCCUAAAUAUGAUGAAAAAGAGGAAAGGAAAAAGCUCCGACAAGAAAAUGGAAGUUCCCACAAUGGUGUUUAAAGAAAAGUGAAGGUGGUGAAGAAGCUAUUGCUGAAGCACAUGCUGUUCCAGGGAGGCACAUCUGCAAAGGUUAAAUCAAGAACCUAGAGGAAUGGGUUGAGACUGAGACCCUGACUGCCCCCAACAUGGAAGAUGCUGCAAAGAGGGAUUUUGCACUCUCUCUUAUCUCUUGGCAGCUGCCAAUGAACACAGAACAUGCUGCUGCACUUGCAGGAAAGAACAUCCAUAGUUUUCAUAACCACUGGAGAAGCUGGCCCACACUGUUCAAUACUGGAAGACUAUCAGAAGGUCGUUGGCUUGCAGACUUCCCUUUUGCAUGUGUUAUGUGUCAUCAGAAUUGUUGACUGAGGGUUUACAGAGAAAUCUGAGAGAGAAUAUGAAUUUAGGAGAUGUUCAUGAUAGUAAAGAGAAAUUCUAUACUGAAUUCCACGGAACCCUAUGAAGGUGAAAAGAAAACAAAGUACUCCUUCAGACAGGGACAAAUCACAUUCCUUUACCGUGGCUCUGCUUCCUGCUUCUCUUUCUCUUCUACAACAAGCUGAAGUUACAAGAAGAAAAGAGCUGGGACCAUGUGGCUAGUACAGCCUCAAUACAAUUGAAUGGGACACCGCCCUCUAGUGGGCAUUUUAUAGCACAACUUUGCCUGCACAUGGCAGGAAAACCCAACAAAUAUCAAUACGGCCUAGAAGCGUUGGGUUUUCUGAGGUUUCAUUUUUAGUGCUAAAACCAGAAAAUGGAGCAGGAGAUGCACAGGAGGCUGACAGUGUUGUCAGAAUGACCCACGAACAUCUGUGAGUGGCCAGUAAUGAGCGUGCUUAUAAAACACUCAUUUAAAGAUGCUCAAAAACAGAGCAGGUUUUGAGUAAGUCUCUCAUGCUGCUUAAAGAGCUGUGUGACUCCAUCUGGGACAAGCAACACAGGGCGUGCCUCUCUUCUUCCACACCUCCACCUCUGUCAUCUUGAGGAUUCCCAUUUGCUGUAUCAAAGGGUGGCAGACCAGAAAUGUUAUUUGCUACAGAUUACUUUUUACUUUGGAUGUCUCACUUUGAAGGUGCAUGAAUAAUUGGAGCGAUUUCAAGGUUGCAGCUACUGUAAGUUAAACCACGUGUGCUGUAAAGUACAGCGAUUUUAAGACCUGAAUGUCAUGGCAAAACUCAUCCAAUCACAAAACAAAUGUAAGAGUUGCUUGUUGGUGAUUUUGUGCUCUUUUGGAACUAAUCUAAUCUUCAUCUGCAGUGUGUCAAUACUAGUGAUUGUUGCCUU